UAUGUCGAUUCCCCCGCGGUUUUUACAGCCGUAGUGAGGGACGCCUUGGCCGGUUUGUGCCUCCCCUCGGGCUCCUCCGUGCUCCAGUACGCGGAUGAUCUUCUGGUAACGGCGGAGGACGAGGACAUUUGCGCUACAGCUACACUUGCUCUCCUCUCCCUUCUGGCGCAAGAAGGUUUCAAGGUCUCACGAACUAAGCUUCAGUUCUGCCUCCCCACUGUUCGAUAUCUGGGUCACGAUCUCUCCCAGGGCUCCCGCAGGCUCAGCCCCGAGCGUGUGCAGGUCAUCCUAGACACUCAGGUGCCUGCCACGAAACACGCCCUCAUGGCUUUUCUGGGACUUAUCAAUUACUGCCGCCAGUGGAUUCCUGACUGUUCCACCUAUGACAAGUGUCUGCGCUCUGCAAUUCUGCACUCGGACCCUUUGACUCAGCCCUUGGUGUGGUCUGAUGAAAUGCUGACGGCCUUCAGGGCCCUGAAGCAGGCUUUAUGCUCGGCCCCUGCUCUCGGACUUCCGAAUUACCGUUUGCCGUUUCAUUUAUAUGUGUGCAACCAGCAGGGAACUGCGUCUGGGGUUUUGGCGCAGGAGCACGGGGGGGGUAUGCGGCCUUGUGCGUUCCUCUCUAAAACUCUUGAUUCUGUGGCACAGGGUCUCCCUGCUUGCCUCAGGGCGGUGGCUGCAUGUGCUGUCAUGGUCACGGACGCUGAACGGCUGGUUUUGUCUCACCCGCUCGUUCUCCACACCUCACAUGAUGUAGUGCACGUUUUAAAGAACCUCAGUACCCAGCAUUUAUCUGCGCAGCGUCGCUCUGGAUACGAGUCUAUUCUUUUGGCCACCGAAAACCUUACUGUUAAGCCCUCCUCCUCCUUUGAUUCUCUCGCGCACGCGCUUCAGCGCCUCCUCAAUUCGCAGGAUGAUUUUCUUCCUUCUGAAACACACGACUGCAUUUCUAGCAUUCUUUUCGAGACAAGUAUCCGCCCCGACUUACGCUCCACCCCGUUACUUUCAGGUGAUUCGCUGUUUGUGGACGGCUCGUGCUCACGCCCCUCUGACGGCGUUUUCGUGUGUGGUUAUUCUGUGUGCCGCCUUCCUGAUGAAACUGUUGAAGCUUUUUCUCUUCCUUUCUCCUCGGCUCAGGCUGCCGAACUAUACGCUCUAACCCGUGCAUGUGUUAUUGCCCAGGACACAGACGUCACUAUCUACACUGAUUCACGCUACGCUUUCGGCGUUGCUCAUGACUUUGGUCGGAUUUGGGCUUCGCGUGGGUUCACCACUGCAGACGGGAUCCCCUUUCCAGCAUCCGGAGUGAUCCGGUUUCGGCUGAUCUACAAAGAGGGGAUGGUCGGUGCGUCCCGCAGACUUCUGAACUGA